CUCUCGCAGUUUGAAGACGUCUUCUCUGGCAUUUGGUUUAUCAUUGUCACGAUCACGUCCGUGGGCUACGGGGACAUCGUGCCCAAGAAUAUGAGUGGCAAGUUCAUUGCUGUGCUGGCCAUGAUCUUUGGCGCUUGCUACACGGCGAUGCCUCUCACGCUUGUCGGCAGUCAGUUUAACCGGAGCUACAACGACCAUACGCGGCGCGAGGCACUCACGCGCACCAAAAACGACGUGGGCUCUCGUCUCACGCUACCGACACCCGACUUGACGAGCUGGAAGCUCUUUCGGACGCAGUCGUUUAUGGCUGAAGUGCAGUCCAUGUACGAGCGUGAGUUCAUGUCGCUCUUGCCCGAGCUCGACGAAGACCUUGUCGCACAGCUCACGCUCUCGGAGGAAGAACGUUCCGAGAAGAUUGCCAUCAUCACCAAAGUCAAGGACAAGAUCGAAAAGUACAAGAUUUCGAUUUUGCAAAGCGCUCGCGUCGUGAGCCGGUUGUACCACGAAGGCAUUCGGUUGGCCAAACAGCAAACCUCGGCGCUGCAUCGGUUGGGCUAA